ACGGAGCCUGGUGUUCACGACUCAUCAAUGUUACAUGGUGUCAGACGAUAAAACAGAGGAAGAAAAUGGCGCAAUUUCAACCCCCACCGCAUUUAAGUCUCGAAGGCAAUCUUGCGGAGAAUUGGAGAAGCUGGAUACAGCGCGAUGAGCUGUAUUGCACCGCGAGCGGCAUCGAGGAGAAAUCCGAGAAGAGUCGAGGGGGAAGAUGGCGCCCACACACGUCCUGAGAUGCUGUCAGCGGGGUUUAGCAUGGAUACCUGUGGUUUUCAUCGCCAUGGUCGUCUGCUGGUCUUAUUACGCCUAUGUGCUGAAGCUUUGUAUAUGUACGAUCUCCAAUAUAGGAGAGAAGGUUGCCUACCUGAUCUUCUUCCACCUCUUUUUUGUGAUGUUUGUGUGGUCUUACUGGAAGACCAUCUUCACAAAGCCAACGAACCCUUCCAAAGAGUUUUGCCUGCCAAAGGCAGAGAAGGAGUGCUACGAGAAGGAGGAGAGACCGGAGUCCCAGCAGGAGAUUCUGUGGCGAGCCGCUUCCAGCUUGCCGCUUUACACUCGCACCGGAGCUGGUGCAAUCCGAUACUGUGACAGAUGUCAAGUCAUAAAGCCAGAUCGGUGUCAUCACUGCUCUGCAUGUGACAUGUGUGUACUGAAGAUGGACCACCAUUGUCCCUGGGUGAACAACUGUGUGGGAUUCUCCAAUUACAAGUUUUUCAUCCUCUUCCUGGCCUAUUCCCUGCUCUAUUGUUUGUUCAUCGCAGCCACUGUGCUGCAGUAUUUCAUAGAAUUCUGGACACUUUGCCGGAGGAAAUCAGUAGAGAACUGCCCAAAGAAUGAACGAGACCCUCAAGCCAAGUUCCAUGUCUUGUUUCUCUUUUUCGUGGCGGCCAUGUUCUGCAUCAGUAUUCUGUCCCUGUUCAGCUACCACCUGUGGCUGGUGGGCAAGAACAGAUCUACUAUCGAGGCGUUCAGAGCCCCAGUGUUUCGGACGGGCUCCGAUAAGAACGGCUUUUCUCUGGGUUUCCGGAAGAAUAUCGCUCAGGUCUUUGGAGACCAGAUGAGGUUCUGGCUGUUUCCAGUCUUCACCAGUCAAGGUGACGGUCUGACGUUUCCCACGCGUCUGGUCAAUGCUGAUGUGGAGCAGGCGACAGUGACUCUGCACCCUGCACCCAAUAAGAGUGCUGAAGUUACUGUGAGUCCUCUUAGUGAUUCACAGAAUCGUCUUCUGAACAAUGACCAGCAUGCCAACAACACCCUCAAGACAGCCGAGAGUGAAAACGUCACCAUCUCCAUGGAGAGUGAGUCCUAAUAAGGAGACUCUCCGCAGUCAUCUAAUAUGCCUUAAACCUCGCAACAGUUUGUUUCGUCACCAUGGAAACCAUUUCCCAGCAAAGACUCAUCCCAACUGAUCCAUUCACUGUAACUAUGGCAAUGCUUUUCUUUCACCCAUCUCAGCACCGUCUUGCGUUUUCCUGCCGGCGGUGUUGUGCUGCUGCAUCCACAGGACCUACCGCACAAGUCACCUCUGCUGUUCCAGCAGCAAUGUUUACUUGAGUUCUUAAACCAAAUGGAACAUCUAUAAAUGGUGAGGAAAAAAAAGAACGACUGGAGCCAGAAGCUGCUUUUUUUGUUUUUUAAUAAGCAUUUUUUAAUGCCAAAAUCUACCUGGAACCUGAAUUUGUGCAUCGCAAUGGACAGUUGUAGCAGGAAACGUUGGGGAGCUUUUUUUAAUUUUCUUAUAUCUUUUACUCUUUCAUCCUUUGAAGCUGGAUCAUGUAAUCUUUCCUAAACAAGCCGUCUGCAAUGUCAUUAUGGAUCAGAACCUGAGCUGUGUGUUUUAGUGGCCUGAACCAGAGCUAUACUCUGAAGACCGGCUUGGUUUUGGAUGUCAGAGCACAAGAGUGGUCCAGUUGCACUUCAGAGAUUAUCAAUGCUGCUUCUAUUUACAUGCACCCUUGGUUGGAUGGAUGCUCAAGUAUCGUGUGAAUCAUGGCGCGUUGUUUGUGUGUGUGUCAGUAAGUGAGCGCUUGACUUUAUAAAGAUUGGACUUUGUUUUUUCCCAUGUCAGUGUUUCUUUUUCUGCUUGGGGAGUUUGACCUGGGAGAUAUAUUUCACACAGUGCAAUAUGCUGCGUUCACUACCGUUUCUUCGUCUGCGUUAUGAUGCUGAUCUUUCUUUAUCAGUCACAAAUGUCAACUGCUCCUUCUCAACCGAGACACAAACAUCUGUUGCCAAAUAAGGGCUGACCCAUCAGGAGGUCUGACCAACAACCCUAAUGAGUUUACAGUGUAUUAGCUUUACCUUAACCUCAACGGGACAUGCCAUCCGAACCAAAUGUCUUUUUUUUUAAAGUUCUGCAACCGUUCCUCACCAUUUCUGUUUGCAAUUACCAGCAGUUGCCGCACGAGGGCGAUAAAGCCUCUGCAAGACACUACCGGUGAGGCACGGACGCGAGUUCACUUCGACGGCGUUAGAUGAAGCAGAAUGACAAAAAUAGCUUUUAAUAUACUGUCAGUUAACUCUUUAUUUGUAGUCUGUUUAAGUCUCUCCCCUCAGAUGAGUAUAGAAGAGAUGAAUGGCGGUGUCGUGGAGCAAAAACAUCCGGUAACAGAACGUUUCAAACAAAGUGGAAUUCUCCUCCAGUGUUGUUACAUUGAAUCCGAAUUUGUGCUGAAGAACAGAGAGAGGAUUUUGGUCAAAUAUGUUGUCAUUUUCUUGGGCUUCUGAUAUUUCUUUGACCGCACCGCUGUCACUGUCACUGGUGUACACGUUUACAGUCAAAUCAUGAAGAGUACCAGUGUCGUUGUGCAACGUAAUUCUUAAUAUUUGAUAGUUUUGCUUGAACGUUAAAAAAAAAAAUAAAAGACAGAACCGUGAGGGUAUUUUGCCAACAAUUUGUUUUUAUUUGUGAGAAUUAAAUAUGUGUUAUUUUAUAUUUCCUCUCUGGGUUUUUGCCUCUGAGACUAAAUUCAGUGUGUGUUUUGUAAUGCUUUUGUAUUAUCGUUGUCUCGGCUACAGCUAAUUUUUUUAUAAUUCUGUGUACAUAAUAUCAAUCAAACGCAUGGCACCUAACUAUUGUCAGAUGUUUUCAAAUGAGAUGCAGACAAAGGUUGAUGAUUUUCUCAUUUCUUUUUAAGUCUGCUCCACUUUGGUAUAUUUGUUAAAUGAAGCCAUAAAACUCCAGUUCAAGUGGAGAAAGUAUCUGAUGAUUUAUUUUUUAUUAUUUUCACAGAUAUCAUGACUCACUUAUCAAGAAAUGAGCUUGUUUUUCUUACAAUGUCCUGUUUUUCCGAUGUCUUAUAUCAAUAUUGUAAGAAAGACAACAUAUAUUUUUCUUGUUUGGUUCAUUUUCUGUUUUUUUUUGUGACUGAAAUACAUGCCUCUUAAAUGAUUAAUGUAUAAGUAACAAUAAAUGUCUUUUUAUAACCUCUGUGGUCCAU